CAACUCUGUCUCACAAUUCCUUGAAAUGGCCACGUGACGCAGCUAUUUCCCGUCUGAGGCCGCCUCCGCACGAGCUCCGAGGACAGGGAUUAACGGCACCGUCGCCCCGUUUUCUGUGAAGAAUAAAUCCAAAAGUUUAUCAAAUUAAAUACACAUCCGUGCUUACAUAUGGAGCUUAAGUGAGGAGAAAGUCGUCGGUAGUCGACCAGGUAAGUGAAGGUUAGAUACCUCUGCAUGUCCGCCUGUGGGAAGAGCAGAUUCAUAUCGGACUUUGAAGCAGUUGUGGGCGUCAUGUGGUGUAGUUAAAUCGAAACCACUGACACAAGAAACAAAAAAGCAAAAACUUGACUGUACGUAAAUCUUUAACGAUAACAGAAGAAAAAAAAAUGUACGCUGUGAGUUUGAGUUUCAAAGUUUUAAAGUCGCUGGAUCUCGAAUCACAGCGAUCUACCCCGAACGGAAGGUGAGAGGGGAAGCUGCCAAACAGGUUGCGUCGAAACGUUGGAGUCAUUUUUCGAGAUUGACAAUCGACAGAAUAGUUCAGUUUUGGUCAUUUGGAUCCAUAUAAACUUAUGUUUUUGUCUACUCCAAAUUCAUUUUUUUAAAACAAGGCUAUAUGACUCUCUCCAUUACAAGCUGCUAUGGAGAAAACGAAUAUGAAUAAACAUAACACCCAAUUGUUAAGACUUCAAACUCAAUUUAAGGACUGAUGUUUGGCAUGAAAUUGAAAUUCUUUUACCUUCAUUUGAACAAAGUGAUCAACAGAGUCUCUAUUUUACCUCUUACUCACCUGUGUUAAACUUUAUCACCUGAGGAAGUCAUUGAGAAAACACACCUCUGUAACCUCAGCCCCCUCCCUAAUAUUAAUUCAUGGUUACUGGAGUUAACUUGCAGACCUAUAAGUCUUAAAGUGAUGAUAAAUGAUCACUUUCUCCCUUGCUGUAUGCUCUGAUCAAUGAGUGAGACAUAGUUUCAGUUAGGCUGUGGAGUCUACAGAGGUUUUCUGCACAAAUAUAAGAAAUGGAUGUCUAAAAAACUCAACAGGUACAUCUAAAUGAAACUAACCUCAUAAUGACACGCCAUAUGAAUUUCGUGUCGACAGCUUAAAUGUUUAAAUAGUACCCAGAAAGGACUUGGAUUCAUUCCUAACUAAAUGUCAGCGCAAGGUCAGGUUGCUCCUCAAGUGUGUGGGCUCAUCUAGACUUAAAAAUCACAAUAUUAGUGGAUAAAAACAAGAAGGAAUCACAAUUAUUAUCCCUGGCUUAAAGAAGAAUUUCUAAAAGUGUUUGAGUCCACUUAGUUCCUCUAGUCAUUUUUAACAUAUUGGGUUUUUUGUAGGUCGCUUCAGAUGGACUAAGCACAGCCUGUAAGACGAUGGAGAGAGGUGUCCCCGGAGGAAGAUGGAGCCAAAAAGUGCCUGUUGGCACAGUACUGUUGCUCAUGGUGAGAAAUGUGUAACAUCAGUACCUAAAAACUGCAUGAACACAUGAAAAAAUGUACAUUUAGGGAAAACUUCCUUGUGUAUUUAUUGUGUACUCUGUGUUACAGUGCAUCCCUACUUUGGCAAUGUUACAACCUGCACAGGAGAGGAAGUGUCCAGACUGGGAGUAUCUUUCCGAAAAAGGAUUUUGUUGUAACAAAUGCCCUAAAGGUACUUUUCAUCCUCUUGCUCAACAUAAUUGGAUCACAGACACCGGCAACUAACUUAUUCUAUAAAACCCAUUGUACAAGGACAUAACUUUGAUGUUUGUGUUUUCCAGGUUUUAAACUUUUAGAAGAAUGUUCUGGUCCGAAUCAGAGGAGUAACUGCACACCCUGUCCUGCACCCUUUCAAUACAGCGAUCAUAUGAACCACUUCCCAACAUGCAAAAGUUGCAAACGCUGCAGCAGUAAAGUCCAUCUUAUCUCUCUCCAUUGAUAUCUGUCUUUAUUCUCAUGUUUUCUAAUUUCAGAUAAAGUCUAAUUCAUCUUUUAUUUCUUAUCUGUCAUCCAGGAUCAGGACAUGAAAUAGAGAUAACGCCGUGUAAAAGAGACCAAAACACUAUUUGUCGCUGUGUGGAGGGUUAUUACAGAUCCUACAUUGAUUCCCAAACCUACGAUUGCAUCAAAUGUUCACAGUGUGGAUCUAAUGAGAGAGUAAAACAGACAUGUGAGUUGAUGAUCUUGCAAUGGAGAGACAAUUUUAAAAAGCUCUAAAUGUGUUAACCCUCUGAUUUGUCAGUUACUUCCUUUGUGAUUGUGACUCUUGUAUUUUUCAUGGUUUGUACAGGCUCACCAGAAAACAACACUGUGUGUGAAUGUGCAGAGAAUUACCACAGAGUCAAGCACAAGUGUGAACCCUGCAAAGAGUGAGUAGACCUCAGUCUGUGAACAUGCGUUGUUCCUAUUCUGCAGUUUGGGAUGGAUUUAUUUAAAGCCGGUAAUGGAGAAGUUAGUUUGCUGAAUCGAAACUUGCAGUCAUGUCCAACCUUGGUCAAUCUUUCCAUUUGUUUAGACAAAAGAGAAGUUACGAGACUUACAAAUUUUGCCACUGACGCUGUAAAAUUUACUAAACAAGUGGUCAUUUGUUAAAAAAAAUACUUCCUCAUAGACCCUCUGUUGUAACUGGAUUCCCUGCAGUUACCAGUCUUUCAGGUGUUUGUGUGAUAUUGCUGUUAAGUUUCAACUGUUGGAUAAAAAUCUUCUCAAAUGUGCCAAAAGAAGAAGUUAAACUUGAAUAUCUCUUUUGGUUAGACAGGGAAAUACAGCUUAAGUUGGCAUUAUGAUAAGACAACUUUAAAAAUGUUCUCACUGAUCAGCACCAAUCAUAUACUAGAGGGAGGCUGCACUUAUAUGCUACUUCCUUUCCUCAGAAAUCUACCAUUUCUUGGCGACUGAAACAGAUGACACAUUAAUCCAUUUUGAACUGACACCAGUUUCCUGUGUCAUUCUAACUGUGCUACUGUACUUAAAGUGUUAACACGCCCUCACUUAAACUCAUAUACUGGUGUAUAAAAAGCGACCCCAGCUCCUGGGUUGAUCACUUCCUCUAUAGAUGUAACACUUCCUCCUCAAUGUUGUGAACCGUGUUUUCUGUUCUCCACAGAUGUACCACUGGGUGCAAUCAUCUCUGCUUAUCCCCCGUUGUCAGUACAACAGGUGAGCACUUGUUACUGGGGAUUGAUCAUCAAGCCAACUUUGAUGAUCUUGACUUUUGCCUGUUAUUUGUGUAAAUGUCUUUCCACUGUGACCCAUCCACAAGACUUAUGUAUCUGAUCAAGGCUUUUAUUGUUAAGUAGAUCCUACCUACUUACUAAAAUACAUACAUACCUGCAUACAUUCAUACAUAGAUACAUACAAGUUGCAGAGCGACCAUUUUUUUCCUGCAAAAAAAUGAGCUUUUAUUUUGUAGUAAUAAGAUAAAUUAGCAAAAUAUGCGUGGUAGUCUCAGCACUUGGAGUCAUAGAGUCUGAGGAGUGACAAUGAAUGGCUGUCUGGAGUGGGAGGUAUCAUAGGAAAAACAUUUUGAUUUAAACGUUUAGAAUAUUAGAAUAAUCUAAUAAACAUCAGACAGCUUACAUUAUUUUGUCAUGUAAGCCUUAGGUUUGCAUAAUUGUAGGAACUAUUCUUUGUUAUUCGGUUUAUGCAAAAAUGUCAAAAUAGCGAAUCAUUACAAAAAUCAAAGUUUUAAGUUUUAAAAGAAAGUGAUGAUGCAAAUGAUUUCGAAUUUAUUCUUUACAUUUUAAUUUGAGUUAACAUUUUUUUAAUUUAUCUAGUUAUUUUUAAUUGAUUAAUUAUUUCGUCCAAUUCUGCCAGACCCAUUAAGCGAGAAGUUUCCAUCGUAUUUAUACAUUUUGCCUGUUGUGCUCAUGAACAAGAUAUUUGAAAUCUUUAAUUAAAACAAUAAUCAUUAUAUAAACUUGGUAAAAAAAAAAUGAUAGAACACAUAUUUAAUGUGAAUCCAUGCUCAUGUUUCCUCUUGUGUCCUUUUGGAUUCUUAAGCAGCUCCUGGAUCUGGGGAGAAGUAUUUGAUGGACAUAAUAGGAGUUGCAGCUGGGGCUCUGGUGAUGUGCGGCGUGAUUGUUGUUAUCACCCACAUUGCAACAAAAUGGUCCACGAGGAAACAGUUGCUGAGAUCAUCCUCCGGAACAUCUGACAACUCUCAGGAGUCCUGUGAGGUACACUGAUUUAACCGUCUUUGGUUACUUUUCCCCAUUGGAUUUACAUUUACACUGAGUAUAUUUCAUUCUUCUCUUGUCUCACAGAGAGACCUAAUAUACAAGGAGCAGCAUUCACACAUCUGUGUUGAAGCUGUUCCUGAAUGUCCUCAGGGUGAAAGUGACCCAGAGCCCUCCAAUCCACUUGACCGUCCUCGUCUGGAAAUCAAGAGUGAGUGUCCAACCUGACCUGACCUUCAGGUCUAUCAGAAUCAGAAAUACUUUCUCAGAAGAGGAGAUAAAUAAUAGAUAAAAUAAGUAAAAAUAAAGACAUAAUCAAAAUAUACAAUAUGUAUACAGUUUUACAAUAUACAAGUAUGCACACUAUAUACAACACAAAAUAGUAAAAUAUGGUCUAAUAACUAAUUCAAGCAGGUCGAUGCCUGAAUAGGAAUAAGAUGUUAUUUGUGCAUUAGCUGAAUCUUUAGCUCAUAACAAAGAAUAACGUUUUGAUUAAGCAUGUGUGACCUUCUGUGAGAACCACGCACUCCAGAGCUAAACAGUGUUAUUGGUUUAGUUUUUUGAAGUAAUAGGGAUGAGAACAGGAAGAGAAAUAGCAAGGAAAUCAGCUGUCAUUCUGUCUGCGCUAAGGCAGUCAUGCUUUAGAUCGGUUUACUGUUGGAUAGGAGAAUAAAAGUUUAAUUCCAUAAAACAUGAUGUAUAAUGCACUUGAUCUACCAUGACAUUAAAAUAUGAUAGUUUGUGUGAACAUAACGAAAAAGUAUUUAGUAUCCUGUCGGAUUAACUCUAAUUUCUCUUUCUUUCUCCUCUUCCCCUGCUGCAGUCCAUGACUUGAUCUACACAGUUCUGGAUCUGGUUUCUGUACAGCAGAUGAAGCAGCUGAUGCGCUCUCUCGGUGUGAGGGAUACAGACAUCGAACGUGCAGAGCUGGAUUACAGAGGCUCGCGGGAGGCUCACUACCAGAUUUUAAGGAUGUGGGCUGAGAGAGGGUCCACAGGAGGGAGAUGUGGAAUACUGCAAGAGUCCUUACUGCAGGAGUUGUUGGACAAACUGAGGGAGAUGUAUCUGGGACGAGCGGCCGAAGAGCUGGAGACAAAGUACGGCAUUCAGUGAUUCUGCAGUGCCUGCCAAGUGGAUCCAAAAGCUUAUGAAUCCAAGUCUUGUUCUUUUUAGAGACUCACUCAUGGUGCUAUAAUCAAAGAGGUUUUAUUUCACAGCAGCCAGCGUCACUGAAAACUCUACCUCCCCUCCUGCCAAUCACUCGCUUAGAUGACAGGGUCAAACUACUGAGAGCGACGGAUCAGAUGGUUCCAGACGGAGGGGUCACUGAAAAUGUAAUUUUGCACUGGUGAAUGUGUAAAAAAAUGUGCAACAUAAGCUUCAGGGGAUAAUGGCACUUUGCGGGGACACAGCUUUUCCUCACGUGUACAGAUUUAGAUGAUAAGAUCACUCGGACUCUUCUCAGCAAUCAAACUUCUUAACAGAUUCUAUUUUUAACCAAAUACGGAGUGUAAAGCCAAAAUUUGACAUUUCACAAGGAGUAACAUGUUGGAUUUUUCGUUCGCAUGCUGUGAGCCAAAGAGGUAAAAGUGACUGAGAAUCAAAACUGGCUGUUUUGAGUUUCCAGAACAGUUUCCAAAGCUAUCAGCCUUCAGCUUUAGACUGAUUAUGAAAUGAUUUUCUUAUUUAACCAUGCUGAAACACAAGUCAUUAUAUUUCUACUAAGGUCAAAUUAAACCUUUAUGGCUGGGGAAAACUUCUUUGAGAUGCGCUGUUUUUUAGUAUCACUUUGCUUGAAAGAAUGCCUUUUAGAGAUAUAAGGAAAUUAUAGAGUUUAAGAUCUUAUACUGUUUAUGUUUAUUAUUUAACAUACAUUGUUGAUGUGAUGACUGUAUUGUGUAUUCAUUCACAACUCUCUGAUAUAAAAACUAUUUCUCGUAGAUAAGAGAAUUGCAGAAUUGAAAAGACAGGUGAGACAAACAUGUUUUUGUUUUAUUGCCAAGAGGGAACUGCGAGCCAGCUAGUAACGUUAAAGUAGUUCCUCUUUGAAUCAUAAAAGGUCAUAAUCUUUUGGGAACAUUCGCAAAACAAGGGAAGUCUGCAGUUCCUACUUAAUGUAGACUGGAUCCCCGUCACUUUUCAUAGCCACAUUUGCAUUCUUUUCAGCCCCAUCAUACAAGCUUUAUUCAUGGCUGUUAAUGGAAAGAGGACACGCCUUGUCUCAGUAUGCCUCAGCCAAAACAGCUUUUAUAACACCAGUCUUGGCCUGCAGAUUCUGAUAUGAAUCAGCCACAGUCUGACGGACUAAGGAGGUGUCAUUUAGCACUUUUUAUCGAACUAAAUUGUCUGAACGUUUAUUGAGUGAAUAGUCAAUGCUAAUGUUGAGCCUUGUACACAAGAUGUUAUAUUCCUAUUUGAACUUUUAAUAAAUAUUUCAUGCAUGUUGAUGUUUGUAUCUGGAGCAUGAUUAUAAGGUUGAAAAACUAUUUCAGUGCCCAUAAGGAUGUGAAGGGUAUCAAACUUGAGGCACCUUGCCGGUCUACAUUCCUUCUUGCUUCCUUAAACAUUUAAUCAGAUUUACUUUAUUGUCUUUUCUUAUGCACUAAAAAAUGUCAUUUUUCUCACCAUGACCUGCCGUGACCUUGUCUCUUUUUUUCUUUCCUGUAGCUACUUUAUUUUGGUUUGUUCACAUCCGUAAAGCUCACCUUGUCUUA